AUGGUAUUCGUGUUUCCUGCCCUCCUGGCUUCCUUGGCCGUCCUAGGCAAUGCUUCGCCUGUAGCCCAGCCAGCCAUAACUCCGGCUCCAAAGGCCCCUGUUGCCAAGCGUGCUACCAGCUGUACCUUUUCGGGGUCUAAUGGUGCUGCAUCCGCAAGUGCGAGUCAGACAGCGUGCUCGACCAUCGUGCUGUCCAAUGUCGCCGUUCCGUCUGGCGUGACCCUGGAUUUGUCGAAGCUUCCUGAUGAUACUUCGGUCAUCUUCCAAGGCACCACCACCUGGGGCUACAAAGAAUGGGCCGGACCCCUCCUCCAAAUCCAAGGUACCGGGAUCAAAAUCUCCGGUGCCUCAGGCGCGCUCCUCAACCCCGACGGUGCCCGUUGGUGGGACGGCGGAGGCGGCAGCAGUGGAAAGACCAAGCCGAAGUUCUUUGCCGCUCACAAUCUAAUCAGCUCGUCCAUCACCAACUUGCACAUUCAGAACACGCCGGUCCAGGCUGUCAGUAUCAACGGUGCGAAUGGUCUGACUAUCACGGGCAUGACAAUCGACAGUUCUGCCGGAGACAGCCAGGGCAAGAACACCGACGGGUUCGAUAUCGGAAGCAGCACAAACGUUGUUAUUGACGGGGCGAACGUGUACAACCAGGAUGAUUGUGUGGCUAUCAACUCCGGAACUGAUAUCACAUUCCAGAACGGCGUCUGCUCUGGUGGACACGGGCUGUCGAUUGGCUCUGUAGGUGGACGUGACAACAAUGUUGUGGACACGGUGACGUUCUACAACAGCGAGGUUAAGAACUCGGUCAAUGGCAUCCGCAUCAAAGGUAUAGAGAACGACACAGGCACCAUCAAAGGCGUGACAUACAACAAGAUCACCCUCGCCUCAAUCUCAAAAUACGGCAUUCUCAUCGAGCAGAACUAUGAUGGCGGCGAUCUCGACGGCGGCACCGCUUCAUCCGGGAUUCCCAUUACCGGCUUAACCAUCGAGAACAUCUCAGGUAGCGGCGCUGUGUCGAGCUCAGGAUACGAUGUGGUUGUGACCUGCGGCAGUGGAGCUUGCACUGGGUGGACGUGGAGCAAUGUUGUGGUUACUGGUGGCAAGAAGUAUGCCAAGUGUACGAAUGUGCCGAGUGGAGUUGCAUGCUCCUGA